AAACACAUAGCGCAUAAACCCGCAGUCCGGACUUUUGAGCGCGUGCCGUUGUGUUCAGAGUGAACUAUCGCGUCAAUGGGAGCGAAAAAGAAGCUCGUAUGCUGGCUGCAAUGGGUCACCGUCUGCACGCUCGUGCUCCUCGUGGGAUUUAUAAUCGGCUGGUUUGCGAGACCCGUUGACAAACCCGAUGGAGAAAAACGUGACUUCCUGCAGGAGUUCUUGGCUGAAAUUCAUGCAGGCAACAUCAAAGAGCAUCUCAGGAAGUUCACUCGUCUGCCCCACUUGGCUGGAACGGUGCAGAACCUGCGAUUGGCCGAGCAGAUUCAGGAGGAGUGGCUUAAGUUCGGGCUGGACUCUGCCGAGCUGGUGUGGUACGAUGUUCUGCUCUCGUACCCCAACACGACCAGGCCGAACUUCAUCUCUGUAGUGGACCAGCAUGGAGACGAGGUCAUUAAGUCAUCACUGGCUGAACCGGUACCUGAGGGUUAUGAGAACGUGAGUGACAUCGUUCCACCGUACAACGCCUUCUCUGCACAGGGACAACCGGAGGGCGAGUUGGUGUAUGUGAACUACGGCAGGACGGAGGAUUUCCUCAGGCUUCAGAGGGAAAUGGGAAUCAACUGCACGGGGAAAAUCGUCAUUGCCCGAUACGGCAAAAUCUUCAGAGGCAACAAGGUAAAAAAUGCCAUGUUAGCAGGUGCCAAAGGCAUCGUGUUGUACUCGGACCCGGCGGAUUACUGUGCCGACCAAGUGAAGCCGUACCCUGAGGGAUGGAACCUGCCAGGAGGUGGAGCACAACGGGGCAACGUCCUGAACCUGAACGGCGCCGGAGACCCCUUAACCCCUGGCUACCCCGCUAAAGAGUACACUUUCAGAUUGAGUCUAGAAAAGGGGGUGGGGCUUCCCAAAAUUCCAGUACAUCCUAUUGGCUACAGUGAUGCUUUUCAUCUGCUGAAGAAUAUGGGCGGAGCCUCUUCACCGCCUGAUUGGAAAGGAGCUCUGAACGUGUCGUACCGCAUCGGACCCGGAUUCAUCGAUGACUUUGCACAGAAUAAAGUGCGCAUGAACGUGCACAGCUACAAUCAGGUGACCCGCAUCUACAAUGUGAUUGGUCGAAUCAGAGGUGCUCAGGAGCCAGAUCGUUAUGUUAUAUUAGGUGGUCAUCGUGAUGCCUGGGUGUUUGGGGGAAUCGAUCCUGUGAGUGGAGCUGCAGCAACACAUGAGACUGUCAGAGCAGCUGGAAGACUCCUACAGAAAGGCUGGCGGCCCAGACGCACUUUGAUCUUUGCUAGUUGGGAUGCUGAAGAGUUCGGCCUGCUGGGAUCCACAGAGUGGGCGGAGGAAAAUGCUAAAAUGCUCCAGCAAAGAGCUGUAGCAUACAUCAAUGCAGACUCUGCUAUUGAGGGCAUGUACACGUUGAGAAUAGACUGCACUCCUUCUCUGCAUACACUGGUGUACGACAUCACAAAACAGGUGAUGAGUCCAGAGGAAGGGGAAGAGGGAAUGACUCUGUAUGACAGCUGGCACAAACGAGACAACUGGACUGAUGUUCGUGAUGCACCCCGGAUCAGUAAGCUCGGCUCAGGCAGUGAUUUUGAAGCGUACUUUAUCAGACUGGGAAUUACAUCUGGGCGAGCAAGAUACACCAAGAACAGAAAGACAGAGCGAUACAGCAGUUAUCCCGUCUACCACAGCGUGUAUGAGACAUUUGAGCUGGUGGAGCGUUUCUAUGACCCCACCUUCCGCCGCAUGGAGGUGGUGACGCGUGUACGAGGGGGUGUGGCUUUCCGCUUAGCCGACGCCCCUGUGCUACCUCUGGACUGUAACGAGUAUGCGCUCGCUCUUUCUCAAUAUGCACACGCCAUCCACCGGCUCGCACAGAAACACCCACAGGAGAUGGAGCGCUACGCUGUGACGUUCGAUGCUUUGUUUUCAGCAGUGGACAAUUUUACACAAGCAGCACAGGAGUUUCAUCGUCGUCUGAACAAACUCGACACAACCAAUUCUCUCUCAGUGCGGAUGGUCAACGAUCAGCUGAUGUAUCUGGAGCGGGCGUUUAUCGAUCCUCUCGGUCUCCCCGGGCGACCUUUCUACAGACACGUGGUUUUCGCUCCCAGCAGCCACAACAAGUAUGCGGGUGAGUCGUUCCCAGGGAUUUACGACGCUCUGUUUGACAUCGAGAACGCUGGCGAGCCUGAGACAGCCUGGAGCGAGGUGAAGAGACAGAUCAGCAUUGCUGCUUUCACUGUCGACGCUGCCGCUGAUACACUCCACCCUGUCGCCUGAGCUCAACGUGAUCAUAGAGGACAUACAAAGUAGUGUUAAUUUCGUCAGACGAGACGAGACGAAAUAUGUUCGUCAACAACCUUUUUUUUUCAUGACUAAGACGAGACGAUGACGAGACUGCACCACUGUCCAAAAACGCUGACUAAGACUAAAUUAACAUGCAUUAUUGUUGACGAAAAAAGACGAGACACAAAUGUUUUGUAUAAAAUAAAAACUAAGAUAAAAUCUCUCUUCA